CCCUGUAUGAUGACGUCAGUGAAAUUGUAAAUCUACCAACUAGCGUUCACUUUCCCACCACGCCACACCGAGUUUGGAAAAUGUUUUGAUGGUGGACGUCAGAUUUAAAAAAUGUUAGUUUAUUUCCGAGGCUUUCUCUGUAAUUUCUCUGAAGUGAAUGUCGGCAACAGGUGUCUCUUGUAGAGUUAUAGCCAGUUAGCGAUGAAUCUUACAGCAGGCUACUAAUGUUAGCUAGCUCAUGCUAACUCUAGCAGCUGGAUGAGUACAGUAGCUAGCCCAGUGUCGUUAGCGUGUCCACAGGCUAACAAAGCAGUCUUUAUCCAAAACGGCUUGCUAAUAUUUACUUUUUUUAGCUAGCUACCUAGCACUACGGAAAUAUAUAUAUUUUUUUACAGCUCAUGUAUUCACAGCUACCACGUUUUCAAGCCUAGUAUUGCUAGCUAGCUAGCUAGCUAGCAAAAUGGGUUAGUUUGCGGUUAUGGUGUUGACCAAACAGUUACUCUGUCAUAGCCAGACACCCCAGUUCAACUGCAAGUCUCUACUUAACAGUUUAUCCAGCUUGCUUGUUAUUGGAGCAUUCCUGCAAUUAAAUUCCUCUGGCUGGACUGGGUGGUCGCGGGGAUCUCCUAAGGUCAUGCCAUGGUGCUACGAAGAUUACUGAGAAAACGUUGGGUGCUAGGUGUGGUGUUUGGACUUUCUUUGAUCUACUUCUUAACCAACACCCUGAAACAGGAGGAGAGAACCAUAAGGGAUCGCACCCUGUUGGAGGCCAGGGACCCGGACCACCGGAUCCCAUGGAAGGUCAGGUUUAACCUGGGCAACAGUAGCAGGCCAAUCACUCAGUGCCGGAACUCCAUUCAGGGCAAGUCACUGCUCACAGAUGAACUGGGUUAUGUGUGCGAGAGGAAGGAUCUGCUGGUGAACGGUUGCUGUAAUGUCAACGCUCUGAGCUCCAGACAGUACAUCUGUAAAAGUUGUCUGGCCAAUGGCUGCUGUAACAUCUACGAGUACUGUGUGUCCUGCUGCCUCCAGCCUGAUAAGCAACUUCUACUAGAGCAUUUCCUGAACAGAGCUGCAGACGGCUUUCAGAACCUCUUCACCGCCGUGGAGGACCACUUUGAGCUGUGUUUAGCUAAGUGUCGAACUUCAUCGCAGAGUGUCCAACAUGAAAAUACCUACAGAAAUCCACAAGCAAAAUACUGUUAUGGAGAAAGUCCACCUGAACUCCUGCCUAUAUGAUUGUUCGAUCCUCUGGGACCUACGAGACUGAAAAGAAACUAAUAAUAGUCCAACUAAGAGCUAAGGGACACACCUUGAUGCUGCUUGAAAAGACGGGCUUCAUCUUGUGUCCCAUACUGGCCUUGAACAGUCUGAUACCAUACAGUGCCAUCAAGAACACCAGAGCCAUAUACUGUAUAGAGGGAGUUUGGCAAACUUUGACUGGCGACAACGGACACCAUGUUGAACCUUUCGAUAUAAUGUGAGUAAUCGUCUCUACAUAUGGCUCUGAAGAACACUAUCGUAACCUCACAACUAUGGACAAAUACUUUAUGAUUUUUCUAUAUUAUUUACACUUCAUAAGUGCAUAGCUUCAUAACUUCAUCAGUGAUGAUCAUCAGGUCUCAUUUGCUCACCAGUUGGGAUUCGCCUCAUGCUGCCCAUUGUUUCACAUCAUGGGCGUGUUCAUUAGGGCAUGCAACUGAAAGUGUUUUAAAAUGUUUCGCAACAGAACUAAAAUGUGGGUUUCUUAUUGGUUAAGUCCCUCCCUGUUUAAGUUGUUUUCUUCCAAAUGAACAUGGCCCAUGUUAUAAAGGUUUUUAUUUCAAGCCUGAUCAAUGUACUGAAGGAUGGUAUUAGUUAAGUCUUCAUUGUUGAGAAACAAACUACAAAGAAUGUGUCAUCACUUGUGUGUAGUUGUGCAUGCAUAUUGACUGACGGCUAUUUAGUAACGUGACUGAAAGUAAUCUGCUCACGGUUUACGUUGCAAUGUCUAUUUUUUAGACCCUUUCAGAAUAAUUACCAGUAUUGCAUUUUGUAUAGAAAUUGUAUCUAUUUUACACUAUGAAAGAAUUCUAUAUUAUGAUGACUAAAGACCCUAUAGUUUAUCUGGGGUCAGAGCGCUGUAUCAACAUGUAGAAUUGGCAUAUUUGAUUGAAUAUAUGACAAAAUAACUUUUUCAACAUUGUUUUUUUCAUUGUCAAUAUACAUACAUUUUCUUUCUGCUGUGCUAUUGUUACCUAUCAUUUUGACAUGGGUUUAACAGCUUGAUCUGCUUUACCAUGCUCUGUCUACCUGCCUAUGCUAUAAUUGCCUGGCUACGCAAAGUCCUUGCUGCAGUCAAAUGCUACGCCACCCCCAUGGAAGUUCUUUUUUUGCAGUGAGUCUGGAUCUGAUUUGAGUACCUCCCCGACAAUUUCUAGAAUCAAACACAUUCUAACUGUUCGGAUCAGUCCCAGAAACUGGUGGUUUUGGCCAUUGCCAGAACACAUGUGUAAAGCAGUGUUUUUCACACUCUGCUGAUUGGUAGUGAUGAGCCAAUAGCUGAUUACUUUGUUUUAUACAACCCCCCCCCCCACCCCUGAUUUUUUACAUCGCCACAAACGACUUCAAGGAUGGCAGUCUCAUGCUGAAGUAUUUAGCGAACAUAGAGCAGUGGAAGAAUUCAGUUAGAGUCUUCAGGAAAAUGCUAUACACCCUGGAAUACAGUGAUUGGACACCAGGGCCCUCAGUUUCUAUGCAAUAUAGAAACAUAUUUAAAAAAUUGGCCAACGUACAAUCACUGGAGAAUGAACUGGAGGAUCUCCGUCGAGACUAUCCUACCAACGGGACAUAAAAAAUUGUAAUAACUUAUGUUUCACCGAGUUGUGGCUGAACCAUGACACGGAUAAUAUACAGUUGGCUGGGUUUGCCGUGCAUCGGCAGGACAGAACAGCUACGUCUGGUAAGACGAGGGGUGGGGGUGUGUGUUUAUUUGUCAAUAAAAGCUGGUGUGCAAUGUCUUAUUAA